AUGGAGGCCGUCGGGGUCCUGAUGAUGUGCCCGAUGAACAAGUACCUGGAGCAGGAGCUCGACAAGCGAUUCAGGCUCCUGCGGUACUGGACUCAGACUAAGCAGACGGAUUUCGUGGCUCAGCACGCCCACUCGAUCCGCGCCGUGGUGGUGAACCCCGCCGCCGUCGUCACCGCCGAGUUAAUAGAUGCGCUGCCGAAAUUGGAGAUUGUGUCGACCUUCAGCGUGGGAUUGGAUAAGAUCGACCUGGCCAAGUGCAGGGAGAAGGGGAUUAGGGUUACAAACACCCCCGAUGUGCUGACGGAUGACGUGGCGGACCUGGCAAUCGGGCUGAUGCUGGCUGUGUUGAGGAGGAUUUGCGAAUGUGAUAGGUAUGUGAGGAGAGGGGCCUGGAAAAAUGGUGCUUUCAAGUUGGCAUCUAAGUUCAGCGGAAAAAGAGUGGGCAUCAUAGGUUUGGGCCGGAUCGGGCAGGCAAUCGCCCAGCGGGCUGAAGGGUUUGACUGCCCCAUCAGCUACUACUCGAGAUCCAAGAAAGCAAACACAAACUACUAA